CGGAUUAAGAGCCUGGAUCUGGGGGGGCUGGGGCUGCAUAAGCUGCUAUUAAAGGUUGGGGGGUCCGGAGCAAGGCUGUGACCCCCCCAUGGCUCCCAAGACAGUGCUGAUCACCGGCUGCUCCUCCGGCAUCGGGCUGGCGCUGGCCGCGCGGCUCGCACGGGACAAGCAGCGCCGCUUCCGAGUCAUCGCCACCAUGCGGGACACGGGCAGGAGUGCGGCGCUGGUGGCCGCAGCGGGGCCGGCGCUGGGUACCACACUGCACAUCAAGCAGUUGGAUGUGUGUGAUGAAGGAUCCAUCCGCGCCUGCGUUGACAGCAUUCCCGGGAGGCACAUCGAUGUCCUGGUCAGCAACGCUGGGGUGGGCAUGGUGGGACCCCUGGAAUGCCAGAGCCUGGCGGCCAUGCAGAGCCUCAUGGACACCAACUUCUUCGGCCUCGUCCGCCUGGUCAAGGAGGUGCUGCCGGACAUGAAGCGGCGCCGGGGGGGGCACAUCGUGGUCAUCAGCAGCAUCAUGGGCCUGCAGGGCAUCGUCUUCAAUGACAUCUAUGCAGCCUCCAAGUUCGCGGUGGAGGGGUUCUGUGAGAGCCUGGCGGUGCAGGCGCGGUGCUUCAAUGUGGGGAUCAGCCUCGUGGAGCCAGGACCGGUGACCACAGAGUUCGAGACCAAGAUGUACCAAGAAGCCGAACGCGCCGAUUACACCCAGACUGACCCCGAGACAGCCGCGAUCUUCACCCGGCUCUACCUGGGCAAUGCCAGGGACGUGUUCGCCAGCCUGGGGCAGAGCCCCGAGGACGUCGCGGAGCACACGCUGCGGGUGAUCGCGGCACCGCGGCCGCCGUUCCGGCACCGAACCAACGCGGCCUUCACCCCGAUGGCUGCCCUGAAGCAGGCAGACCCCAGCGGCACCAUCAUCACCAGUGCCUUCUACCAGCUGGUGUUCAAGCACACCGCGGUGCUGCGGCUCGGCCUCCGCGCCAUCCGCAUGCUCCGAUGGAACAUCCGCAAGGUGAAGGAGGGCGCCCGGCUCCUGGGGCUCACAUAGACCCGGGCACCGGAAUGUGUGGGGCUGGGACCCGUGUGGGGCUGGGACCCGU